AAAGCCAUCGUGGACGGGAACCUGAAGCUCAUCUUGGGCCUGGUGUGGACGCUGAUCCUCCACUACUCCAUCUCCAUGCCUGUGUGGGAGGAUGAAGGGGACGACGAUGCCAAGAAGCAGACGCCAAAGCAGAGGCUGCUGGGGUGGAUUCAGAACAAGAUCCCCUACUUGCCCAUCACCAACUUUAACCAGAACUGGCAAGAUGGCAAAGCCCUGGGAGCCCUGGUAGACAGCUGUGCUCCAGGUCUGUGCCCAGACUGGGAAUCCUGGGAUCCACGAAAGCCUGUGGAUAAUGCGCGAGAAGCCAUGCAGCAGGCAGACGACUGGCUGGGUGUCCCACAGGUCAUCACUCCUGAAGAAAUUAUUCACCCGGAUGUGGAUGAGCACUCGGUGAUGACUUACCUGUCCCAGUUCCCCAAAGCCAAGCUCAAGCCAGGGGCUCCUCUUAAACCGAAACUCAACCCCAAGAAAGCCAGGGCCUAUGGCAGAGGAAUCGAGCCCACUGGAAACAUGGUGAAGCAGCCGGCCAAGUUCACUGUGGACACCAUCAGCGCCGGGCAAGGAGACGUGAUGGUGUUUGUCGAGGACCCAGAAGGGAACAAAGAGGAGGCACAAGUGACCCCUGACAGCGAUAAGAACAAGACAUACUCUGUGGAGUAUCUGCCCAAGGUCACCGGACUGCACAAAGUCACAGUCCUCUUUGCAGGACAGCACAUCUCCAAGAGCCCAUUCGAAGUAAACGUCGACAAGGCCCAGGGAGAUGCCAGUAAAGUCACUGCGAAAGGUCCAGGCUUGGAAGCUUCUGGGAACAUCGCCAAUAAGCCCACCUACUUUGACAUCUACACAGCAGGUGCUGGCGUGGGUGACAUUGGUGUGGAGGUGGAAGAUCCCCAGGGGAAGAACGCCGUGGAGCUGCUCGUGGAAGACAGAGGAAACCAGGUGUAUCGAUGUGUGUACAAACCAGUGCAGCCUGGCCCCCAUGUGGUCAAGGUCUCCUUUGCUGGGGACACCAUUCCCAAGAGUCCCUUCGUUGUACAGGUCGGGGAAGCCUGUAAUCCAAAUGCCUGCCGGGCCAGUGGCCGAGGCCUACAGCCAAAAGGCAUUCGCAUCCGAGAAACUGCAGACUUCAAGGUUGACACCAAAGCUGCUGGAAGUGGAGAGCUCGGCGUAACCGUAAAGGGUCCUAAGGGUCUGGAGGAGCUGGUGAAGCAGAAAGGCUUUCUGGAUGGAGUGUAUGCAUUUGAGUAUUACCCCAGCACCCCGGGGAAAUAUAGCAUCGCCAUCACAUGGGGGGGACACCACAUUCCAAAGAGCCCCUUUGAAGUUCAAGUUGGCCCUGAAGCAGGCAUGCAGAAAGUCCGUGCAUGGGGCCCUGGCCUCCAUGGCGGGAUUGUUGGGCGCUCGGCGGACUUCGUGGUGGAGUCCGUUGGUUCUGAGGUGGGGUCUCUGGGGUUUGCCAUUGAAGGCCCCUCCCAGGCAAAGAUUGAGUAUGAUGACCAGAACGACGGAUCGUGUGAUGUCAAGUACUGGCCCAGGGAGCCCGGUGAAUAUGCCGUUCACAUCAUGUGUGACGAUGAGGACAUCAAAGACAGCCCCUACAUGGCCUACAUCCACCCCGCCUCGGGAGACUACAACCCGGAUCUGGUUCAAGCAUACGGGCCGGGUUUGGAGAAAUCUGGGUGCAUUGUCAACAAUCUGGCCGAGUUCACCGUGGAUCCUAAGGAUGCCGGCAAAGCUCCCUUAAAGAUAUUUGCUCAGGAUGGGGACGGCCAGCCCAUUGACAUCCAGAUGAAGAGCCGGAUGGAUGGCACCUACGCUUGCUCGUACACCCCAGUUAAGCCCAUCAAGCACACCAUUGCCGUGGUCUGGGGAGGUGUCAACGUCCCGCACAGCCCUUACAGGGUCAGCAUCAGGCAGGGUAGCCAUCCCCAGAAGGUCAAAGUGUUUGGGCCAGGAGUGGAGAGAAGUGGACUCAAGGCACACGAGCCUACUCACUUCACAGUGGACUGUACCGAGGCUGGCGAAGGUGAUGUCAGCGUUGGCAUUAAAUGUGAUGCCCGGGUGUUAAGUGACGAUGAGGAGGACGUGGAUUUUGACAUUAUUCACAACGCCAAUGACACGUUUACUGUCAAAUAUGUGCCUCCUGCCGCCGGGCGAUACACUAUCAAAGUUCUCUUUGCCUCUCAGGAAAUUCCCGCCAGCCCUUUCAGAGUCAAAGUCGACCCUUCCCACGAUGCCAGCAAAGUGAAGGCAGAAGGCCCGGGGCUCAGCAAAGCAGGUGUGGAAAACGGGAAACCGACCCACUUCACCGUCUACACCAAAGGGGCCGGAAAAGCCCCCCUCAACGUGCAGUUCAGCAGCCCCCUUCCUGGCGACGCCGUGAAGGAUUUGGACAUCAUUGAUAAUUACGACUAUUCCCACACCGUUAAAUACACGCCCACCCAGCAGGGCAGCAUGCAGGUUCUGGUUACAUACGGUGGCGAUCCCAUCCCUAAAAGCCCUUUCACGGUGGGCGUGGCCGCUCCGCUGGAUCUGAGCAGGAUAAAAAUUAAUGGGCUGGAAAACAGAGUCGAAGUUGGGAAGGAUCAGGAGUUCGCCAUUGACACCAGGGGAGCAGGAGGUCAGGGGAAGCUGGAUGUGACGAUCCUGAGCCCCUCAAGGAAGGUUGUGCCAUGCCUGGUGGCGCCCAUGACGGGCCGGGAGAGCAGCACGGCCAAGUACAUUCCCCGGGAGGAGGGGCUAUAUGCCGUUGACGUGACCUACGAUGGACACCCCGUGCCCGGGAGCCCUUACACGGUGGAGGCCUCGCUGCCGCCCGAUCCCACCAAGGUGAAGGCCCACGGUCCUGGCCUUGAAGGUGGUCUUGUGGGCAAGCCUGCCGAGUUCACCAUCGACACCAAAGGAGCUGGAACUGGAGGUUUGGGCCUAACUGUGGAAGGUCCUUGCGAGGCCAAAAUUGAAUGCUCGGACAAUGGCGACGGGACCUGCUCCGUCUCCUACCUCCCAACAAAGCCCGGGGAGUACUUCGUCAACAUCCUCUUUGAAGAAGUCCACAUACCUGGUUCUCCCUUCAAAGCCGACAUUGAAAUGCCGUUUGACCCCUCCAAAGUCGUGGCAUCGGGCCCGGGGCUGGAGCAUGGGAAAGUGGGCGAGGCAGGGCUGCUUAGCGUGGACUGUUCAGAAGCAGGGCCGGGGGCCCUGGGCCUGGAAGCCGUCUCGGACUCUGGGGCGAAAGCUGAAGUCUGUAUCGAGAACAACAAAGACGGCACCUAUGCGGUGACCUACGUGCCCCUGACCGCCGGCAUGUACACGCUGACUAUGAAGUACGGCGGUGAGCUUGUACCGCACUUCCCCGCCAGGGUCAAGGUGGAGCCUGCCGUGGACACCAGCAGGGUCAAAGUCUUUGGGCCAGGAAUAGAAGGAAAAGAUGUGUUUCGGGAAGCCACCACCGACUUCACGGUGGACUCACGGCCCCUGACGCAGGUCGGAGGCGACCACAUCAGGGCGCAUAUUGCCAACCCCUCAGGGGCCUCCACCGAGUGUUUCGUCACAGACAAUGCUGAUGGGACCUACCAGGUGGAAUACACGCCCUUCGAGAAAGGCCUCCAUGUAGUGGAGGUGACAUAUGAUGAUGUGCCCAUCCCAAACAGUCCCUUUAAAGUGGCUGUAACCGAAGGCUGCCAGCCGUCUCGGGUUCAAGCUCAAGGACCUGGGUUGAAAGAGGCCUUUACCAACAAACCCAAUGUCUUUACUGUGGUAACCAGAGGGGCAGGAAUUGGGGGUCUUGGCAUAACUGUCGAGGGACCGUCGGAGUCAAAGAUAAACUGCAGAGACAACAAAGAUGGCAGUUGCAGUGCUGAGUACAUCCCCUUUGCUCCAGGGGAUUACGAUGUGAAUAUCACAUAUGGAGGAGCCCACAUCCCUGGCAGCCCCUUCAGGGUUCCUGUGAAGGAUGUUGUGGACCCCAGCAAGGUCAAGAUCGCUGGCCCUGGGCUGGGCUCGGGCGUCCGAGCUCGUGUCUUGCAGUCCUUCACGGUGGACAGCAGCAAGGCCGGCCUGGCCCCACUGGAAGUGAGGGUCAUGGGCCCACGAGCUGAUGAGACGGAUUCCCAGUCAAGCCUCAGCCCCUUGAAAGCCAUGUCAGAGUUCUUUAAACGGGACCUGAAGGGUGACUUUAUGGAGACAGGUCUGGUGGAGCCCGUAAACGUGGUGGACAAUGGGGAUGGCACACACACAGUGACCUAUACCCCGUCCCAGGAGGGGCCUUACAUGGUCUCUGUUAAAUAUGCUGAUGAAGAGAUCCCUCGUAGUCCCUUUAAGGUCAAGGUCCUUCCCACAUACGAUGCCAGCAAAGUGACCGCCAGUGGCCCUGGCCUCAGUACCUAUGGUGUGCCUGCCAGCCUGCCUGUGGAGUUUGCAAUCGAUGCCAGAGAUGCCGGGGAAGGCCUGCUUGCUGUUCAGAUAACGGACCAAGAGGGAAAACCCAAAAGAGCCAUUGUCCAUGAUAAUAAAGAUGGCACAUACGCUGUUACCUACAUCCCUGACAAGACUGGACGUUACAUGAUUGGGGUCACCUACGGUGGGGAUGACAUCCCGUUGUCUCCCUACCGCAUCCGGGCCACACAGACGGGCGAUGCCAGCAAGUGCCUGGCCACAGGUCCUGGAAUCGCCUCCACUGUGAAAACUGGCGAGGAAGUGGGCUUUGUGGUAGACGCCAAGACUGCCGGGAAAGGCAAAGUGACCUGCACGGUUCUGACCCCAGACGGCACUGAGGCUGAGGCUGAUGUCAUCGAGAAUGAGGAUGGCACCUAUGACAUUUUCUACACGGCCGCCAAGCCGGGCACCUAUGUCAUCUACGUGCGCUUUGGUGGCGUUGAUAUUCCCAACAGCCCCUUCACUGUCAUGGCCACAGAUGGGGAAGUCGCAGCUGUGGAGGAGGCACCGGUAAAUGCAUGUCCCCCCGGAUUCAGGCCCUGGGUAACUGAAGAGGCCUAUGUCCCAGUGAGUGACAUGAACGGCCUGGGGUUUAAGCCUUUCGACUUGGUCAUUCCGUUUGCAGUCAGGAAAGGAGAAAUCACCGGAGAGGUCCACAUGCCUUCUGGGAAGACAGCCACACCUGAGAUUGUGGACAACAAGGAUGGCACAGUCACUGUCAGAUAUGCUCCCACUGAGGUCGGGCUCCACGAGAUGCACAUCAAAUACAUGGGCAGCCACAUCCCUGAGAGCCCGCUCCAGUUCUACGUGAACUACCCCAACAGCGGGAGCGUUUCUGCAUAUGGCCCGGGCCUGGUGUAUGGAGUGGCCAACAAAACCGCCACCUUCACCAUUGUCACCGAGGACGCAGGAGAAGGUGGCCUGGACUUGGCUAUUGAGGGACCCUCAAAGGCGGAAAUCAGCUGCAUUGACAACAAAGAUGGGACAUGCACAGUGACCUACCUGCCCACCCUGCCAGGCGACUACAGCAUUCUGGUCAAGUACAAUGACAAACACAUCCCUGGCAGCCCCUUCACAGCCAAGAUCACAGACGACAGCAGACGGUGCUCUCAGGUGAAGCUGGGCUCUGCCGCCGACUUCCUGCUCGACAUCAGUGAGACUGACCUCAGCACCCUGACGGCCAGCAUCAAGGCCCCGUCUGGCCGCGACGAGCCCUGUCUCCUAAAGAGGCUGCCCAACAAUCACAUCGGCAUCUCCUUCAUCCCCCGGGAGGUGGGUGAACACCUGGUCAGCAUCAAGAAGAACGGCAACCACGUGGCCAACAGCCCCGUGUCCAUCAUGGUGGUCCAGUCAGAGAUCGGGGAUGCCCGCAGAGCCAAAGUCUACGGCCGUGGCCUGUCAGAAGGCCGGACUUUCGAGAUGUCUGACUUCAUCGUGGACACGAGGGAUGCAGGUUAUGGCGGCAUCUCCUUGGCGGUGGAAGGCCCCAGCAAAGUGGACAUCCAGACAGAGGACCUGGAGGACGGCACUUGCAAGGUCUCCUACUUCCCCACCGUGCCUGGGGUUUACAUCGUCUCCACCAAAUUCGCCGACGAGCACGUGCCUGGGAGCCCCUUUACCGUGAAGAUCAGCGGGGAGGGCAGAGUCAAGGAGAGCAUUACCCGUACCAGUCGGGCCCCAUCUGUGGCCACUGUUGGGAGCAUCUGUGACCUGAACCUGAAGAUCCCAGAAAUCGACAGCAGUGACAUGUCGGCCCAUGUCACCAGCCCCUCAGGCCGCGUGACCGAGGCAGAGAUUGUGCCUGUGGGAAAGAACUCGCACUGUGUCCGGUUUGUGCCCCAGGAGAUGGGGGUUCACACCGUCAGCGUCAAGUACCGCGGCCAGCACGUCACCGGCAGCCCCUUCCAGUUCACUGUGGGGCCUCUGGGUGAGGGGGGCGCCCAGAAGGUCCGGGCAGGUGGCCCUGGCCUGGAGCGAGGAGAAGCAGGAGUCCCAGCUGAAUUCAGCAUCUGGACCCGGGAGGCAGGUGCCGGGGGCCUCUCCAUCGCUGUUGAGGGCCCCAGUAAGGCCGAGAUUACGUUUGAUGACCAUAAAAACGGAUCAUGUGGUGUGUCUUAUAUUGCCCAAGAGCCUGGUAACUACGAGGUGUCUAUCAAGUUCAAUGAUGAGCACAUCCCAGAAAGUCCCUACCUGGUGCCGGUGAUCGCGCCCUCCGACGAUGCCCGCCGCCUCACUGUUCUGAGCCUUCAGGAAUCGGGAUUAAAAGUUAACCAGCCAGCCUCCUUUGCUAUAAGGUUGAAUGGGGCAAAAGGCAAGAUUGAUGCAAAGGUGCACAGCCCCUCUGGAGCCGUGGAGGAAUGCCACGUGUCUGAGCUAGAGCCAGAUAAGUAUGCUGUUCGCUUCAUCCCCCACGAGAAUGGUGUUCACACGAUCGACGUCAAGUUCAACGGGAGCCACGUGGUUGGAAGUCCCUUCAAAGUACGAGUCGGGGAACCCGGACAAGCGGGGAAUCCUGCCCUGGUGUCCGCCUACGGCUCAGGGCUCGAGGGGGGCACCACAGGUAUCCAGUCUGAAUUUUUCAUCAACACCACCCGAGCAGGGCCAGGGACAUUGUCCGUCACCAUUGAAGGCCCGUCCAAGGUUAAAAUGGAUUGCCAGGAAACCCCCGAAGGGUACAAAGUCAUGUACACCCCCAUGGCUCCUGGAAGCUACCUAAUUGGCGUCAAAUAUGGCGGGCCCAACCACAUCGUGGGCAGCCCGUUCAAGGCCAAGGUGACAGGCCAGCGUCUGGUCAGCCCCGGCUCGGCCAACGAGACCUCAUCCAUCCUGGUGGAGUCAGUAACCAGGUCCUCCACGGAGACCUGCUAUAGCGCCAUCCCCAAGGCAUCCUCGGAUGCCAGCAAGGUGACCUCCAAGGGGGCGGGGCUCUCGAAGGCAUUUGUGGGCCAGAAGAGCUCCUUCCUGGUGGACUGCAGCAAAGCCGGUUCCAACAUGCUGCUGAUCGGGGUCCACGGGCCCACCACCCCCUGUGAAGAAGUCUCCAUGAAGCAUGUGGGCAACCAACAAUACAGUGUGACAUACAUCGUCAAGGAGAAGGGGGAUUACGUUCUGGCCGUGAAGUGGGGAGAGGAGCACAUCCCUGGCAGCCCCUUCCAUGUCACGGUGCCUUAAAACAGUUCUCAUCAAGUCCUGGGAGGCAUUCUGGUGGUUGCUUUGUUGCUUGUUUGUAACUCGUUUUAUACAAAGUCCUCCAGCCUGUUUGUGGGUCUGAAACCCCAUCCCAAAAACAUUGCCAUGUUUUUUUAAGUACCUUCAGAAAGAAGUCCUAAACUUGACUCUUUAGGGACAUGUUGGGGACUCCGGAAAUGCAAAUUUGUUCAAUAGGCCCAGCAAAUUGGACCUCUUCUGGCACAGAUCACCCCCUGCAGACAGAACAAGAACAGGCAAGGCUGAUGUUUUUAAGAAAUGAAAUUGGCUAGUCAGUUUGCAAAACAAGACUGGGAGGAAGGGCAGGGAAAAUGGGGACGCCUAGUUUGUGUUGUCGUUUAGAAAAGAAGAUGACCCUGUCACGUAAGAAAAGGCCACUGGGUGACACCAGUUUUAACACUACUGCCACCCCUCCCCCAUCUCUCAAAGGGCAGAGUGUCCGAGGUGACAGACUGGCCGAAAUGGCUUCUUGGUGCCUCUCCCCUCAUCCUGCUACUUAUUUCCCUGCAGAGUCAUUGCGUGUGACCAUCUUGACAGCCAUGUCUUUGCUUUUGUUUUCAAAGUCCGUUUCAGUCGCUGGGUCUGAGGAAAUUCCGCAGUGGCAAGCAGCCCCGCCGCCCCACUUGCCAAAGAUCCCCCCUUUUUUUAACCAACACUAGCCCUUGUUCUUAACACACACUCCAGCCAUUUGUCUGUUUGAUGAGUCUUACCAGCAUGUCGAGAGACACCGCAGGUGGGUCCAAGUGUUAGCAGAGGCCUGUCACGUGACAUAACACUCCACACUCACCCCCAGGCAGCCCCAGCGUGAACUUUUUCUGGAAGAUAAUUAUAGAAGGAAACUCCUGCCAACCUUUGGCCUGAAAGUCAGGGAAUGACAGGGGAGGGAAGGACAGCAGCUCAUUGGUGGUCCUUUACCAUUUGCAGAGAUAAUGAAAACAUAUUUGACCCUGACCACAUGUCACCCGAGGCUCUUUGGAAAGCAAUAAUAAGCAGGUGCAAAAUUCCGAAAAUGGGGGUAUAAGGCAUUUUGCAUGACUUCUUGCAGACCUGCUUUGGAAUAAAGUGAAAGCACUCGGGGACUGCCUGACUGCAGGGCCCAGAUGUGUGGUGUGGUCUGGGCCGGCAGCCCUUUCAGAUUUGCUAUUUCGUCCUGAGGAGGUGGCCACUGUCAUCUUGAGUGUGUCCAUGGAUGGGACAGGGUGAGGUGGGUGACCCUCCCCGAGGUGUAGCAGCUGAGGGUGAGUGUUGGCAAAGCCCACCUGUUAGGAACUGGAGUGGCCCGAAGCCUGAUGUGAAAGGACCACAGGCUUCAUAAACCGGGAUGUGGAAGCAAAACUGGAACCAAAUGCCAACUGUAAAUUGUAUCUUAUAACUUAUUAAAUACAACGUUUGCUCCAUAAGCUCCCCAGGUGUUCUUAGAUGGUGUCCUUUGGUAAAUGGUUUGAGUCUCUGACCGGCUCUCCCAAACCCUGGCCGAAAGGAUGCAGGCUAAGCAACUUGUCUUAACAGGGAGCUUCGCCUCUUUCUGUUUCUCCGGAGGCCCCAGUGGGAGUUUAUCAGGGUGAGGGGUCCUGGCACCAACACAGCCUCCCGGAGAGGUUUGCCCUGGUUAAGAGUCCCAGAUGUGAAACCCACUGAAGGGAAGGCUAUGGUUUUAAAAAAAAAAAAAAAAAAAAAAAAAAAAAAAAAAAAAAGGUGAGAGAGAGAGUCUUUUUCCUGAUGACCUGGGAAAGAAACCCUUGUUAUAGGGAAGCAGUAUCACCUGUCAUCCCAUCGCCCUUGGACAGCAGGGUUUGGAAUUGGUGGUGCUGCCUUCCCUCCACCCUCUCUGCCUCUGUUCCUCCUUUCUGUUCUGGAAGCUUCUCCUUGCUGCGUGCUUAGAACACACUUAGCCCUCACCUCCUCCUGCCCUACAGCAGUGCUGUGACAUGAUUUUAUGAUGACGACACUAACUCAGGUGCUGCAUUGACAUGUUUGCAGUCCCAGAGCUCACUUGGGGCAGACCCUGGGUCCCCUGCCUUUUCGUCCCCAGAGUGGAAGCUCUACCUCCCUGCUUAUCCCACCGUGGGAGCAGGAGUACAAAAGGAAGGGGACCCAGGAGCCGCCCACCCAGGCAAGCCGCUGGCAGUUGCCAUGAUGAUGGGAAGUCUGUUCUGGACCCCCAGCCUUGUAUUGGGGGUGAGUGGUGGAUGGAAAGGCAGGGAAGGAAGACUCUAGAUCUUUCUGUGUUUCUUCCUGACGCCUGGCUGUUGAUCAAGGAUGGCAAUUUGUGUCCCUCUGAGAGCGGGAGGAGGGUUGGAGGAAAAGGAGGUUCCUCCUGCCUGUCCUUCUGAAGGGAGCACCCUUAUCUGUGGGCCUGCACCGUGAAGGUCUGGUCCUGGACCCCAGGAGGCCUGUGGGCUUUGGGGAAUGCAGGCUCUGCCCAGUGGGUCUGGAGAGGCAACAAUCGGCUGAGUUUGCCCAAAGAAGAAAACAGGGGCCCAGCUUGAAGCCCGGUGGUUUCUGGGGAGACCGCAUUUGUAAGUUAACAGCUGGACUUUGGCAUCAGGUCGUCUAGGGCUUCAGGCCUGGCUCGGCUGCUCACCGGCUAUGUGGCCUUGAGGAGUUUGCUUCACCUCUCAGAAUGUGCCCCCCUUGGGGUGGUUGUGAGGGUCAGAUGAAAUCCCGCUGGGAGCUGUGAGAGUGUUGGCCACUGCUCUCUAUGAUCAAACUGUGCCAGGUGAUGGGCCUCCUCCACAGGCCGCUUGUUAGCACCUGGGGCUGCACCUGGUGGUCCCCCGACAGUUACAUCAAAGACGUCUCAGUGAAAUUUGUGCAUCUCUCUACUGGUCAGUGGCUAGAACCACAGGGCAACUGUUAUCUGCACCUGGACUUGCUGCUAUGGGAACCGGCAGUUGUUUGUGCAGAAACAUUGAAAACUGAAACUUGACCCUGGACCAGCAGAAAGGUGCCAGGCCCUUUCUGACUUUCACUGGCUGACUUUGCCCCUUUCCUACCAAGGGUUGGCUGGACCAUCACCCUUUUGGUGGCUGAUGGAGGUUAGGCAGACAGCAGCUGCCAUCUGCCCUGCAGAGAUCCCCAAGCCAGAGGAGGCCUGCCCCCUUCCAAGCCCAGACGCCCUCCUCUUCCUCAUCCAGUUUCCCUCUGCAACCCAGUGAAGCACUCAGCAGUGCUGCCUAGAAGGAAACAUUUUAUUAACAUGUCCCUUUGUUUCCAGGGCAUUUGUAAACACGUGGGCCCUUGACCAUGUGUCUAGUCUUAAGAUUUCAAAGGGGCCUUGAAAGCCACAUUUUGAUGAGUUUGGUGUAAAAUGAGUUGGGCACAUAGGGAUUUAAUUUGCCUUGAAAAUUGCAGAGCCUUAAAAGUUAGCAGAGUAUGGGCUUCCCUGGUGGCGCAGUGGGUGAGAGUCUGCCUGCCAAUGCACGGGACACGGGUUCAAGGCCUGGUCUGGGAAAAUCCCACAUGCUGCGGAGCAACUAGGCCUGUGAGCCACAACUGCUGAGCCUGCGCGUCUGGAGCUUGUGCUCUGCGACAAAAGAGGCCGUGACAGGGAGAGGCCCACGCACUGCGAUGAAGAGCGGCCCCCACUUGCCGCAACUAGAGAAAGCCCUCGCACAGAAACAAAGACCCAACGCAGCCAAAAAUAAAUAAAUAAAUAAAUAAAUAAAUAAAAUUUUUUUAAAAAGUUAACAGAGUAAAGGUUAGUGGCAAAAUGCGUGCUCGAUCCUUGUCAACCCCCCCAAGUUUGUUUUUUCUUAGAUUAUUUUUGGCUGCAUUGGAUCUUCGUUGCGGCGUGUGGGGGCUACUACUCGUUGUGGUGCACGGGCUCCUCAUUGCAGUGGCUUCUCGUUGCGGAGCACGGGCUCUAGGCAUGUGGGCUUCGGUAGUUGUGGCUCGUGGGCUCUAGAGCACAGGCUCAGUAGUUGUGGCGCACGGGCUUAGUUGCUCCGUGGCAUGUGGGAUCUUCCCGGACCAGGGCUCGAACCCGUGUCCCCUGCGUUGGCAGGUGGAUUCUUAACCACUGUGCCACCAGGGAAGUCCAGUUUGUAUUUUAAAAUGGGGAGCAAGAUCGUUAAUUUAAGUGCCCUUUGGCCUUAGUGCUCAGCCAAAGGAAUGGAAUCUUUCCAAGUCUCCAUUAACUUGUGGGGGGAAGGGGCUUUGUAAUCAGAGUAUUUCAACUAAUGAAAACUCUCCCAGAAACAGCUUGUUUAGCUAAUUUUUUUCUUCUCACAACAGCAAGUCAUAACUCCAAGAGGGAGUGAAAAUGUCACAUCACUCAAGGCAAGCCUGAAUCUGAUUUUUUUCCCUCUGGCUUUGGUCUCAGGAUGCUUCCCCAAAACAUGGUGGGAGGAAUCUUUCUAAACAAAGGGAUCCUUUUUGCUUUGUGAUAAGGCUUUUGUCUGGGCCCCUGAGCCCACAGGGGACCGGCUCAUGUGCUAGGAAUUUAGGGUGGCCUACCCCACACCCCUUCCUUCUUUCUCUAGAGUUCUCCACAGCAGACUGGCAGGAGAUGGGGAGUUUACGAGCCGAGCCGCAUCCAGCGGCCCUGCUUAUCUCCCCAGGACAAAGCUCAACAGGCCUUUUAUUGCCCACUUUACUCCAUCUGCUGUGACCACCGCCUUCCCUAGGCACCAGGACACUCUCCCUGUCAGUGUGGACAUUCUUAGGGCAAAGCUGAUGCUGAAUGCUGGCAGGAUGAUCUCAGAGGAGAGGCAAGUCCUGGCAGAGGCACCGAGCCCCGGGAAUGCCUGCUUCAGGCCCCGCUAGUAGCAGCAAAAGAACCUAAUGUGUGCGAAACGCUCAGAAAGCAGCAGGUCAGAUGCUGCAGGUGCAAAUCUGGAUUCCGGUCUCAGCUGACACCUCAGGCAGUUAUCAUCUCUGUGCCUCAGUGGCUUUAUCCAUAAAAUGGGAAGAUAAUGGGAAAAGCCAUUCUAAGAUUAACCUCUAGAAAGAUCCCACAACACGUCCAUCUCCCAACUGACUUGGGCAAACCUUCCUUCACCCAGAGCUGCUGGGGGAGGGGAUGCCUGAGUUUUGGGGAGAUUCAGCUACCCAAGUCAGAGUGGAAGGGAUACCUCACAAAAGGAAGCGUAGUUUGUAGGGAAGCUGUUUAGCAUGGUGGUUAUUAGCACAGGCCAGUGGGUUCAAAUCCUGGUCCUGCUGUGACCUCCAGCUGAUCAUUUACCCUCACAGAAAACAGUACCUCCAUUUUUUCUUCAGUGAAACGGUAAUGGGACCUGCCCCACGCAGUGCUCUUAGGAUUAACCAACAAAUUGCACAGAAAGAAUAUCACUGUAUCCAGUACACGGUAAGGGUUCACAGAAUUACAAUUACUCGUGUAAAGUGCUCUGAGAGCUUAAUUCCAGGAGGGGCUACUUUAAAGACACAAGUACUGAGUCCUAGGAAAGGCCCUUGUCGUGGACAGAGCCCCAGGCUGGGGAUUAGGGUUGGGCAUCAUCGGUGGAAAUGGAUAGGGUGGGUCCUUGGUGGCCUGGGAGCGUAGCCAGAAAGCUGGGAGGAGAGUUAGGUGCACCCGUGCCCCUGCUCGACUCCUGGCCUCCCCUUGCUUCUGAGCUGCAGUGACCUCUUUUCCCCUAGCACAAGCCUAGGCCAGAGACAGACCUGGGGGCUGCCUCCCCGCCUUCCCAGGGGUUGUUGGUGGCUUUUUUUUUUUUUGUGGUACGCGGGCCUCUCACCGCUGUGGCCUCUCCCGUUGCGGAGCACAGGCUCCGGACGCGCAGGCUCAGCGGCCAUGGCUCACUGGGCCCAGCCGCUCCGCGGCACGUGGGAUCUUCCCAGAGCGGGGCAUGAACCCGUGUCCCCUGCAUCGGCAGGCGGAUUCUCAACCACUGCGCCACCCGGGAAGCCCUGUUGGUGGCUUUUAAAUGAGUUUUUAAAUCUACAGUAAGACAAAUGUCCUAAGUAACAAUGAGAGGCACUGACUCUUAAGAUUAUCCCCAAAUUUUUACAGGGGAGUUUGCCAGGGCUCAGAGAGGGUAGCGAUGAUCAAGUUGUGUUAAAACCUGGGAAGCCUGAAUUAAAACCUGGGGUCCUGAAGCUGCUCGCAAGGGCCUGGCACAGGGUGGGCGCCCGCAGACAAGGGAACAGAAUCUGAAGGCGGCUCUCCUUGUGGGCCGUUGGCUGUCCUUGCGCCAACUGGAAGGUAACAUUUUGGGGGUUGCCUCUCUGCACCCUCCCACUCCCCUCCCUUCAGGGGUAGCCUGUCCACUGGGCAAGAGGACAGCCACCUGGGCUGUUGUCACUGCAGUGACCACUAGGGGCCGCCUUGGACACUCAAACUGCAGCACCGUGGGCAGCCCAUGUGGUGGGGAAGGCACAGGGUCUCCGAAGCCCCAAGGAGGGGGACACCCACCUCUGCCCUCUUCGUGCUCUGAACACCUGGGCUUACCAGUCUGUGGGUGGGGGCGGUCUGGGCCAGGGAGGCUUUCUUGAGUUCUGGCACCAGACCCCACUACCGUUUCACCCCAGGGUCUUGCCACCCCUAGCCCCCUAACUCUUGACUUUCCUCCCUCCAUCCUUACCCAACCUACCUUGCAGCAAGAGAGUUGCCAUGAACCAGUGUUCAUGGUUCAGUUCUUAAUCAAAGGACAUCUCCUCCAGGAAGACUUCCCAGACCAUCCCCCAAAUUCCCUGCCUGCCCCUCUAUCCACCUGGUUAGGUAUCUGUCUCUCCUGUACUGAGAAACCUUGAGGGCAGGAAGCCUGUGGGCUCUGUCCCUUCUCAUCUCCCUUUAGUACCUGGCUGUGUGUCUGGCACAGGGUCAAGAGCAGGUGAAUGUUUGUUGAAUGAAUAAACAAGAGCAUACCCAGCAGAGUGGAAAGGCAAGUGGCCCCAGGGCGUUGUGGGUAAUCUCUUUCUCACUGGUACUCACCCCAGAGUGUCCUGGUCAAGAAGGCAGAGGGUGUGAGGAUCCAGAAGGCUGACUUCAUGGUGCUGUUGGGGUGACUGGUGGGUCCUCCUCUGCCCCGCCCUGCCUGUACCUCUCUCAUGAUGCUUGUCACAUUCCGUGGGAGAGUCUGUAACAGAGAUGUGGGCUUUGGAGUCAAUCCCAGUGUGACCACUUAAUGUUGCUGAGCAUCACUUUUCUCACCUGGAAAAGUGACGUAAGAGAGCCUAUUAGUGGGACUUCCCUGGUGGUCCAGCGGCUAAGACUCUGCACGCCCAAUGCAGGGGGCCCAGGGUUCAAUCCCUGGUCAGGGAACGAUCCCACAUGGCGCAACUAAGACCUGGCACAGCCAAAUAAAUAUUUUUUUAAAAAGAGAGCCUAUUAGUCGUUGAGUGAAGUCACUCAGUGAAGCCUCCAGCUCAGGGCCUGGCACAGAGUGGGUGCCACCACACACCAGUGGUGUGCUCUGGGGCACAUCAUUUCUCCAGGCCUCCAUUUCCCCACCUGAAAAGGAGGCUCUGAGAGCCCCAGUAAUCACGCAGGUGGUUUAAGGCACACGGAGUGCAGCCUAGCAGCUGGCACCUAGCAGAUGCUUGUUAAUCAUCAGCUGACAUUUACUGAGGGCUUCCUCCAUGCCAGGUGCUGUUUGUCUCAAGUUGUUAAACACUGUUCUAACGUCAUUCUCUGAACACUAAGGGUAGUUCCCGCCAUCAUCUCGCUGUACAGAUGAGGCCAUGCCGCUGUCAAGUGGCAGAGCUGUGUGUGAGGAGUUGGCCCGGCAGCCAUGUAACCAGAGCUUCCUGGAGAGGAGACGACCUCUCUUUAGACCCCCUUGGGUGCCUGGCAUGCAGUAGGUGUACACUGGGGUUUGCUGAAUGGAAUAGAGGCUGUGGAACCCCAUGCGCCGCCGGGGAUCCUCUGGGUAUGAGGGGGAAAGGCCUGGGCCCUGGGUUCCUCUGGGGCAGAACAGGGCCCCCUCCCAGGCAGCCUGAGUAGGUGUGGCCUUUGCUCCUUUAUUCAGUCUGGUCUGUCCCACCCACUGCCUGUGUGUGGCCCGCAGUGCCCUGAGCAGCCCAGCCUCUCCUCUCCGGCAGGGCCUUGGCAACCCUGCCCUCGUUGGCUGCACGUAUCCUUGGAGAUGAGGCACCAGCAGUGCAAGCUCAGGCGGCAGAAUGUUUCCUCCCUCCCCCGCCCCCUUGCCCUCACUGCCCUGAGGGAUCAAUUCACCUCCCAGAAGCAAGCCUGCUGGCAGGAGCACAUCCGGAAGGAGACUGCUGCCCAGGUCGCCUGGAACAUCAGCUAUGGCCACAAGCACCUGAAGGAGGGACCCUUGCCCAGGAAGCGGUUCCAAAAGGCCCCCUUCAGGUCUGUCUGGGAGUGGGGCCAUCCCAGGCCACCAGCUACCUGUUGGAUGGCCAGAGACCAGGGGGCUCCAGGAUCAGCUGUCCAGGGGAGGAGGUGUCCAGGGCCCUCCACCCAAGGGAGACAGAGUCAGGCAGGCCCGAAGAGCAACUCGAGGGCUAGCAGGCCAGACCAAACCAGGAGGCUUAGGCAUGAAGCAGGUCCCCCCGCACCCUGCAGCUGCUCUUCCAAGGCAUCUCCCUCGACGGCCAAGGCCAGGCCUCCUACCUCCGGGAUCGGCGUCGGCAGAAGCCGGAGGAGAAGUUUCCAUCCUGGGAGUACAGCUGGCAUGUGGGUAAGGGCCACCACCCUCCUGCCAUUCCAGGCCUUUGCAGGCUGGCCCAGCCUCGUCCCUCGUCAUAUCCCUCUGGCUCCCUAUUCUCUGAGCAGGACUCCAGGCCUUUGCACCUUCUGGUCUUUCCACCUAGAAUGCUCCUCCUGCUCCCUCCCUCUGCUGGCUAACUUUCAGAUGUCACCUCCUCUGGGAAGUCUUCCAAGAGUCCUCCAGGAGAUUAGUUGAGCCCACCUUUGUGCUCCCGCAGUUUUUGAGUCUGCACAAGCACUGUCACCAUUCCUCGAGGAUCCACCUGGCCUGGUGAGGCCUUGGGCUUCCAGAGCUUCUUAGUUAAUUUUAUUAAUGCCCUCCCAGCUCCCAGGUUGGGGCUGGCACUCAGUCACUGUGGGAUAAAUGAGUAUGGACUAGGGAAUGAGGCCUUGAAUUGGAAUCAAGAGGUGUGAGUUCAAAUCCUGCCUCCACCACUUUCACGCUGUGUGAGCUCAAGCAAGAAACUUAACUUCUCUGGGCCUCCGUUUCCACACCUGAAAACUGGGAACAAAUGAGUACCUCCCUUCCUUUGUCACAGGGUUUGGGUGAAAUCAGUCGGGGAAACACCCCCGAACAGGAGUUAUCCUCAGAAAGCUGCAUGAGGUGGGUAGGACACACAUUCAUUCAUUCAGCAUAUAAUCCUGUCGUUCAGAACAGCCAGCAGAGGGAGAUCUGGAGCCACUGAAUCCCAGCUCUACCCCAAAAUGCGCUAGUGAACCAACAGGCAGAGAGUGACUCAGAUUGAAAUUACCAGGCUGGGUUUGAAUUCUGGUUCGUUCGUUCAUUCACUCAUUCAUUCAUUCAUUCAUUAACACAUGUUUAUUGAGCACCUGAUAUGUGCUCCUCUUUUUUGUCCUGGGGUGUAUAGCAGAGAGCAAGACAGACAUGGGCCCUCACAGAGAGCCGAUGACAGAUGUAUGAAGUAGUGUCAGGCUGUGGUCCGUUCUACAGAGCUGCACUUUUCAAUCUUUACCCUCAACAGGAACUACCUGGGGAUCGCGUUAAAAUGUAGGUUCGGAUCCUUCAGUGACGUCCGGGAUGGGGUGAGAUCCUGCAUUUCUAACAAGCUCCCUGACAAUGCUGAUGCUGUUGGUCCGUGGACGACACUUGAGUAUCAAGGCUGUAAGAAGAGGUAAAUCAGGAGAAAGCGAUGGAGGCUGAGGGGCUGCUGUGGUAGACAGGGUAGUCAGGGAAGGCCUGCUGGGGUGGGACGCUGAGCAGGGUCCCAGGUCGAAUCUUCCCCGUCGGAUUCUUCGGAGAAGGGCCUGACCUCCUGUGCCCACAGAGCAAGACUCAGUUUAGGCAUCGCAUGGGGCUUCCCUGUUCCUCCUCUCCUGCUCGGCCCACAGGUCCAUACCUACUGCCUGUGAAACCACUGCCAGGCAUAGGGUCGCCAGUGGGAGCAAAUUAAAAUACAGAAUGCCCUGUUGCAUUUGCAUUUCAGAGAAACGGUAAUCUUUUAGUGUAAGUAUGUACCAAAUGUGGCAUGGGACAUACGUAUACGGAAAAAAUUAUUCAUUGUUUAUCUGAAAUUCAAAUGUAAUUGGGCAUCCUACAUUUUAUCCAGCAACCCAAGCAGUGGAGUCAGGGGAGCUGAUUCUGGCUGCCCCCUGGGUACAAGGGCAGUGCUGGGUUCAGGGCAAAGUUCAGUUUUCCCCCAUAGUGUUCUGUUUAAACCCACAGUUGCUCCCAGAAUCUCUGGAAUAUUCUGUAAGCGUCUGGCCUCAUGCCCCUAACCCAACCGGUUCAGAAGCCAGAUGGGGAACAGAUGACAGACCUUCCACUGACCACUUCUCCCCUCCCCAAACAGAUACAGACAGGAGCUGUGUCUUCCCAGUGGGUGCAAAUAGCCGCAGAAGAGGGGUUGAAGGCAUUGUCUGGGCCCCAGCUAGGUCAGCCCCAAGUGCCUUUUACACAUAGAAAGCACCAGUCUGGUGCCUGGCACAUAGUAAAUGCUCAAGAAAUGGUAACUGGUAUUAUUAUUAUUAAUUCAACAGGGAGGAUUUGCAGCCAACGGGCAUUUGGGGAGCUAGUUCAGCCUUGGGCAGGACCCUGGAGGUGUUUACCGUGGAGCAUUGGGAUGGCUGGGGAAUCACUAGACAAGGGGAGAAAUGUGAUGAGGGAUCUGAAAAUUAGAAGCCUAAAAAUCAUGCUGCCUCUGAAACCUGCAGGGAAACCCUUCCUGGCCUCUUCCUGGCUCGUGGAGGUUUGCUGGCAAUCUUUGGCAUUCCCUGGCUUGCAGCUGCAUAACUCAGUCUCUGCCUUGGUCGUCCCAUGGCCCCUGUGUCUCUGUCUUCACGUGGCCAUCUUUCUUUUUUUUAAAAAUUUGUUUAUUUUAUUUAUUUAUUUUUGGCUGUGUUGUGUCUUCAUUGCUGCGCACGGGCUUUUCUCUAGUUGUGGCGAGCGGGGGCUGCUCUUCGUUGUGGUGCACGGGCUUCUUAUUGCGGUGGCUUCUCUUGUUGUGGAGCACGGGAUCUAGGUGCGCGGGCUUCAGUAGCUGUGGUGUGUGGGCUCAGUAGUUGUGGCUUGCGGGCUCUAGAGCACAGGCUCAGUAGUUGCGGCACACAGGCUUAGUUCCUCUGCAGCAUGUGGGAUUUUCCCGGACCAGGGCUCAAACCUGUGUCCCCUGCAUUGGCAGGCGGAUUCUUAACCACUGUGCCACCAGGGAAGCCUAUGUGGCCAUCUUCUUAUAAGGACACCAGUCAUAUUGGAUUAGGGGCUCACCCUACUCCAGUAUGUCCUCAUUUUAACUAAUUACAUCUACUAUAACCCUAUUUCCAAAGAAGGUCACAUUCUGAGGUACUGGUGGUUAGAACGUCAGCGUAUUUUUUUUGAGGGGACACGGUUCGGCUAAUAACCCCUCCCUUCUGAUAGCUAAACCUUAGUUACUGGCGCCAUCUUGAAGGACCUUCCUCUUUCCUUGGAUUCCCUCCCAGAAUCCCAGACAUGUCAUAUGUUUGUGGCUGGCAUCCUACCCAGUGUUGGUGCACACAGCAUCUCAUUGCUUACAAGGCCUCUGGCAUGGAGGGAGCCCAAGGAUUCACCCUGUUACCAACCAGGGUUCUUGGCCUCCUUAAUCGAUAGAAAUUGAUCAGAGGCCAGGCAAGAAAUUCAGGCAGGGCUUCAUUGGGGCACCUGCUGCAGCAGGGGGAGUGAGAACAAACAACAUGUUCCUUGCCUGCUGGCUCGCUCCCUGAGGCAGGGGCGAGCUUGUUCCUUAUAUGGGGUGAGGGUAGGGGUGUGUCCAGGGGUCGGGCGGGAGGGGUGGCUUAGGUGUUUUGCCCACCCCUUAGGUGCUGUUGUGUGCAGGGGGCAUGUGCUGUACCCUGCUUUUGCUCCUGACCCCCUACUUUUGCUCCAGGCUCUUCAAAAGUGGCAGUUGGGGUUUUUGGUGUUUUGUAUCUUUGGGGCCCAGAAUUUGCCCCAGCUGCGUAUGCACGCAGUUAUUUUAGUCCCAUACAAUUUCUUUGUAUUUUGUUGCUGGAGGAGAGGUGUGUCCAGGUGCAAGCACUGCAGCACUGCAGCAAAAGGCCCCAGGUCCCAGCCUGUCUCAGCCCUGCGCACAGCCCUUUGUGAAACCAAAAUGCUCAUGGGCCCACCCUGCUUAAUCGGGGCACUGUGGUACCCUUCUACUCCACUCGUUCAAAGAGCAGCCCCUCAGUCUGGCCAAAGAAAGAACGAGGCAAACCAACAGCUCUGUGAGGACCACCCCCAGAGGAACUUUCCAGGUCUCUCCUGGUUUUCCCCUUAGCCUGAAACUCCACAAAGGAGCUAGUAGUUUUAAAGCUGCAAAUUGAACCAAGUUGCCUGCGUUUCCCUUAUCAACUUUGGGCAAGUUCUUGAGUGGGAAAGGCAGAGAGCGAGAACAAAGCUGUGUGUGCAUGUGAUUCUGGGGAACUUGCACUGCAGCCUUGCACCCUCGAGGCAGGUGCUUGACAAAUACCUGCCGAAUGUAAUCAACCAGAUAGCCCACUGGGUUCUUCGGGGUCAUUUGACUGAAUGCAACAAACCUUGAUCUGAUAGCUCCCAGGGGCCAGGUCUAGGCUGGGCCCCUGGGGGCAGAGGGGGCAAAUCUUCUUGGAGCUCACGGCACAAGAGUGAGAAGGACUGUGAUGGGGGAAGACGGGCACCUUUGGAGCACGGAGGGAACGCCUAAGCCAGCAUGGGGUGUCAGGGUAGGCCUCCUGAGGGACAUCACCAUUAUUUCUGUCAUUAAAUGAAACAAUGCUCAGAAAAUGCCUAGCAAAUGGCUGGCUCUAUAUAUGUGCAUUAUAUUAAUUGUUAUUAUGAUUAUCUCUCUCAGCAGCAAGUCUGCAAAGCUGCUUAGAAGAGGACAGGCUGCUACCAGGACAGCUUUUCACAGCUGGGAUUUUGCAAAUAAAUUAAGUCUUUUGGAACAUGAUUUGAGUGAUGAUGUUUUCAGUUCUCCCAAGCAUGAUACCACAUUGCUAGCACCAUUCUAGAAGCAUGGGAAAAAGGUUAAUUCAUAACAAGCAAUGGAUGUUCCAGGUUGUUAGGGCUUAAUACUUCUGGGGAAUUUAUUUAUUUACGUAUUCAGUGAGCACCUCUAUGAUAUUUGCUACAUGCAGGCCUUAUUUUAAACCCACACUGUCCAGUUCCAUAGUCAUGAGCUACAUGUAUCCACUGAGCAUUUGAAAUGUAUCUCCUCCAAA